UACUUACUUAAUUACUUACUUACUCUUGUGAGGUUAACCCUCCGCGAGUAGUCUCGGCUCAAAAGUGUGUGAUUCAUCAUAUUCGACCACCCUUGACCUCACUCUUCAGACAAUCUCUAGCUAUACCUUGUCGUGCUCCCGACCGCACAAGCUCUCGGCUCGUGACUCUACACUCGAACAUGGACGUAUCAAGUCUGAAAGUCACAGAACUCAAGGACGAGCUGAACAAGCGAGGUUUGUCGACUGCAGGAUUGAAGCAGGAGCUGGCAAAUCGAUUACAAGACGCCAUAAACGAUGAAAUCCAACCAGACUCCGAACCAGCUCAAGCAGCACCUGCCGAAUCUGAACCUAUCGGAGACCCAUCCAACUCUGCCAAGGGAGAUCCUCGCAAGCAAAAUACCCCUCCUGCAGUAAAGGAGGCGGAGGAGGACGAUUCGGUUCCGAUAGGCGACGCCGAGAUGAAGGAACAGGUUUUAGGGGAUACGGAUGGGGAUCUUGGGGAUGCUAUGAAAGAGGCUGAGCACGAGGGUAAACAAGAGAGGAAGGCGGAAGAAGCUCAAGAUGUUGAUGAGCAAAAAGACGAGGAAGGCAUCACGGAACAGACGAACGUGGUGAACAGAGAGACACAAUUACGAGGCGUCAAGGAGGUCGAGGCUGGGAACAAGCGAAAGCGGGACGAUGGGGAUGACAGCAUGGAAGUCGAGGAGAAUGCCAAGAAGGCACGGACGGGCGAUACUGAGACGCAAGUGAAUAGUCGGACGGAAGAUGAAGCUACAAGCGCACCCGAAUCUGCUCCUGAACCUGCUUCCGAACCUGCACCUGUACCGGUUCGAGAUCCGUUUGAAGACAUUCCCAACCCCCUCCCUCACACCCAACACCCACCGACAAAAGCUAUCUACAUUGACAACCUUCGACGACCGCUCGAUAUGCCCGGCUUGAAGGAUCUGUUGGAAGAAAACGGCGAACUGGACGAUUCCGAGAUUUCAGGUGGGGUUUGGGUCAGCGGGGUGAAGAGUCACGUUUAUGCGGUAUUCAAGACGGUAGAUGACGCAACGAAAGCCGGACUCACACUGCAUCACCUCGAUUUCCAGCCGAUUGCCAAGACCAGGUUACACGUCGAGUUCGUCCCCUCGACCCUCGUAUCCAGCCUGAUUUCGCAGGAAGAAGCUGCCUGGAAAGAUGGUCGAAAACAGAUGAGCCUGGUCAUCCAGACGGUUCCCCUGGGACAAGGGUAUGAUGGAUCUAGCAGAAAGGUUACCGUGGUCCAAGCAAAGACUGGAGGGAAUGUGCCGGGUAGGAGGGUACCCGGGUUGGCCCACGCUCCACCGCCACCGACGCCAUUCAGAGCGAGACCGGGAGUCGCAGGGAUCGGAGGGGCCGCAGUCGUGCCGGGCCGAACGACAGGAGCUGUUAAUUCGAUCCCUAUCGGACAGGCUGCCAAUACUGUGGUGAGCAAGGGAAUGACAUCAGCAGGACCAGCGAGGCAGGUGGCCGCGCCUGUCAAGCCGGAAAGGGAGACGAGGGGUUUCCUGAGGACGAGGACCCGCCCGGUGUUGUUCUACCGCGAGGCGCCCCGAAAAUGAUGACUAGGAUCUAUGGAUGUUCUACGUAGGUUGUUUUGGGGGAAGCAGGUUUAAGCGAAACAUGUAUC